CACCUGAGCUUUUUGUUCUUUGAGAAAUAAUCCAAAUGGCAUCCCUCGUCUCGAGUUGGUCUUCCGACUUGAAAUGCUUGCCUGAUAACUAUGUGUUACCUGAGGGAAAAAGGCCAGGAAUGCCUGUUCCAGUAAGCAAUGAUAUACCAGUGAUUGAUCUCGGAGACGGACUAGAUUACAGCAGAGCUGACAUGGUCCAGCAAAUCGCGAAAGCUGGUCAGGAUUUUGGACUAUUUCAGGUGAUCAACCAUGGAGUAUCAAAGGAGUUGAUGGCUGAUGCUAUGAAUGUGAGCAAAGAGUUCUUUGGCAUGUCCCCUGAGGAGAAAGCAAAGUACUAUAUUGACUCCGUUGCAUUGGAAGAAAAGGCCGGAUGCAGACUCUAUACAAGUUCUGGGUAUUUUUUGGCUCAAGGUUUCGAUUUCUGGAAGGAUACUUUGCAACACCCUUGUCAUCCUCUGCAAAACCACAUCAAUUCUUGGCCCGACAAACCUAAGAACUACAGAGAGGUUAUGGGACCAUACACAACUCAAGUGAGGAAAGUGGCCAUGAAAAUUAUGGACAUGAUCUAUCAAGGCUUAGGGCUUGAAGCGGACGACACUGAGAAAGAAUUCGACAACUAUAAUUUAGCUCUCUCCAUCAACCAUUAUCCAGCAUGCCCAGACCCUGCAUUAGCCUUGGGUUGCUGCAGACACUGUGAUCCUGCAAUCCUAACUCUUCUUCAGCAAGAGGUGUAUGGGCUCCAACUAGAAAAAGAUGGCCAUUGGAUUGGCGUUAAGCCCCUUCCUGAUGCAUUUGUGGUGAACAUAGGUUUGUUACUGGAGGUCAUUAGCAAUGGAAAGCUAAAAGGUGCUGUGCAUCGAGCGGUUACAAAUUCAGCUUGUUCCAGGAACUCACUUGUGACCUUCGUAGGUUGCCCAACUGAUGUCACUAUUAAACCUGCAGCAGCGCUUAUUUCUCCCACCAAUCCACCGCUUUAUCGAGCAUUCAACAACAAAGACUUUCAUGAGUUUGUGUUUGCCAAUAACGCUGAAUUUGAGGCUGUUAUUGCAUACUUAAAACUCAAAACCUAAGCCAGAAAUUAGCUGUGCUACAUUUGUGGAGAAGCCAGAAUCAAUCUAUAAUUCCAAGUACUACUGUUUUGGUUGGCCUAAAAAAAAAAAAAA